AUGCGCAUCGACAUUUCGCGAAUGCGCAUCGUUUCUACUGAUCCGCCCUUGACUAUUGAUCGAGAGCCUUAUGGAUUGGUCGCGCACAAGACGUCUCGAGCUGGGGGAGCCGCGAAUCUCAAGGCUCCGUUGAAGGAGCUCUUCGUUUGCCGUUACGAGGAUGUGUUCAAUGGACGUAGCCCGAUCAGCACGUGCAGGGAGAAGGUGUUCGAAGGACGGCAGGAACUGCAACGAUUCUGGGACGAGCUUCUCCUCUUAAAAGUAAAUGACGCUUACCUCGCACAGUGCAUCGCAUCCAUCCCAGAGGAUCGCCUCAUUGGUCCUCUCAAACCCACUAUCAACGAGAUCUUCUCUGCCUGCCUCAGAUAUCUGAGCGACGUGAAUUUCAUUCGAGUGGCCCAUGCUCUUGAAACCCUAGCCGUGUUUCUGAGGGAGAUUUUCAAGAAGAGGUUUGCGGAGCAGACCUUCACCAUAAUCACGCUCGUUGCAGGCAACGCGGACAGUGGGGAUGCCUACUUCAAGAAGCUCAUUGCGAUGUGUCUGGCCUGCUCACAGGGGAAAACGUGCCAGUGCUAA